UAUUCGAGUAUUUUCUGGAACAAUGACCUCGACUGUCAUAUAUUUCUGGACUAAAAAAAUAUUUAACAAGAUUGUUAUGCCGUCAAACGUUGUGAGGAUUACGAAGGUGGAUGGAUAAAAAGUCGAUUUUCGAUUGCAGUCAUAUGAAAUAAACCUUGGAGGCCGGGAGCUCUCCGUCGCGUCAUCUCGGGCUGGACCCAAGAUGCUAUUCACAGCAUGUCAGCGACAUCAGAAUAUGAACCUAAGGUCCGGCAUAGUUACGGGCCGGCCUCCUCCAGUGAAAAUAUCUAUGAGCGUGUGUUGGAUCACAAAUUAACAGAUACUAUGGAUAUAUCUAGUGUAAGGACCCCAGUAUUGAGGGCCGUUCCCAUUUCGCCUACGCAAGGUGACCCUGAGCCUGAUUCCACUAACCCUGAAAGCAUAAUUCAAGCUGUUCAUAAAGUUGACAAAGAUAUUGAAUAUCAUUUUAAGGAAAAGAGAUGUGAUGCAGAUAUGUCUGUUGAUUCUCUCUCAAGGAUUGUAAGAAUUGAAGAAACUUUAGAUAAUGUUGGCCGCUUAGCCUACCCUAUAAUUCAAGAUACAGAUGAUUCGGGAGAUGGAAAUUAUGUUGAAAAUGCUGCAACUCUUAUCCAAACCCCAUUAAAUACAGCAAUUGUUCAAAACGUUACAAAGCUUCCACAGAACUUUACAAUAAAUGUAGAUGCCGCUGUUGGUAAUAUUACUGCUAUACAGAAUGUGUCUCAGGAUUCUUCAGGCAACCAAACUCUUUGGCUACCGACAAUCCUAACUACUAGUACUGCUACGGACAGUAAAAGUGAAGAAGAUAGACAACCAGGUGUAUCACAGAUUAUUAUAACCAGUGAAAGCUAUGUAAAUGACACACAACAAACAGGUCGAAGAACAAACAUUAUCACUGAAACAAGUUACAUAAGUCGCCCUAAGACUUCCAAAGUUCAAAUUUUAAGUAACAUAUCUUUACCUAAAAAUUCAAAUUAUUCACAGCAGUACAUAGCUCAAAGUAAAGAAAUAAGUGCGCCUGUAUAUGGAACCCAAAAUCAUGUUUACAAGUUGAGUGCCAAUGUUGUGUCACAAAAACAUUUAAACAACGCUAUGUUAAGCACAAAGCCACCGAAGAGUCAGUCUCUUAUAGGCACUGCUUCACUAUCCCCAUCUGUUAUAAAUAGUAGUCCAGUUAAAAAUGUGCCAUAUAGUCACACUUAUUCAAAAAGCACAAAUUUAAAUAAGGUAAAUAAUGGUGCUAAUUUGAAUGCUAUGGUUGCUGCUUCAUCAGGUAGUACUCAAUGUCAUAUUCUGUCUAGAGUGGUCUCUGGACCAAAUAAAAUAUCGGUUCAUUCUGGACGAAAAUCCAUAAAUACAUUUAAAGGAUCGAAAAAUUCUCAAACAUCUAAUCAGAAGAAUCAAUCUAGAGCCAUUAAAAUAAUUCAGCAGGCUGGGACCACUCAUAAGUCUGAAAAUAAAGCUUGGCCUGUUACUAAUGUUACGUACAAAAGCCCAGCCUCCAGUUAUGGUGUAGAAUCUAAUACUUCAAAAGUUAUACAAAAAGUAGGCAGUCCUACACAAAAAACACAACAGCCCAUUUCGAAAAAUGAACGUCUUGUUCUACAAUCACCAUGUGGACCAGUGCUGCUAUCUACCUCUCCAAUUGGUACAAACUUGCCUAAAGGACCACAUUAUGUACAGUCUGGCUGCACACCCAACCUCAGAUAUGUACAAACGUAUGGACCGGACAACCAGCUCUCUACAGUCUCUCAAGUAUCAGCUAAUCAACAAUUAACUGCACAGAUAUUACAGUCUCUAUCUCAACCGAAGCUCAUGCUACAUCAGAGCCCCACCCCUAUUCAUCAAGUGAUGAACGUUAAUCAUUCAGUGGCUAAUAUUGAAGAACCGGUGGAAAUUAAGCUUGUGAAUCAAAAAAGAUACGUCUUCGGUGACAAAUCAACCCUUUUGACCGCGGAAGACAUAGUCGGUAUGGAGGAGAGACCGAAUCUAGCCGAGGAACUGCGCCGGUACCCACUCAGCACACUCGCGUUUCUAAUGCUGGAUCACACGUACGCCCUACCGGCCCAGAAGCAGCCCGCCGUCGGCAGCCCGACCGCGCCGACGACGACGUCGCCGAUCGUUCCGUCGCCGCCCGCGGUCCCCGCAACCCCCGCGCCCUCGAGCCCGGUCAAGACGUCACCGCUGGCGCCCGUCGCGCACGAGUCCCCACCGACAUCGGCCGCGCCGGUCGGGAGCUCGCCGAUAUCGUCGGCGGCCGCGCUCGCGCUCUCGUACAAGAGCGCGGCGCCGCCGGACGACGACACGGCGUCCGUGAUCUCGUCGCUGGAGGGCGAGCGGCCGCCGGCGCCGGGCGGUAGCGACACCGAGACGGCGCCGGAGGGCGAGGACGAGGGCAAGACGCGCUGCAUCUGCGAGUUCACGCACGACGACGGGUACAUGAUCUGCUGCGACCGCUGCGGCGAGUGGCAGCACGUGGACUGCAUGGGCGUGGACCGCGCCAACAUCCCCGACGCCUACAUGUGCGAGCUGUGCCAGCCGCGGCCCGUGGACCGGCGCCACGCGCGCGCCAUCCAGCAGCGCAAGCGCGCCGAGCUGAGCGCGCUGGCCGACGACAGCGACUCGGAGCCCGACGCGGCGCGCCCGGGCCGCCGCCGCCGCCGCCUGCUCACCGUCACCACCUACUCCGACACCAGCGGCGCGUGCGUCACCACCUACAACUCCACGCUGCCCGCGCUGCCCCCGCCGCCGCAGCCCACCCCGCCGCUCCCCAAGCGAGGCCCCAAGCGACCCAAGAAGACCGAGGUCCUGAGGAAAGGAAACAAACGAAAACUCACGGAGAAAAGAGUCAAACGGAAGAAGGACAUGUUGUUGAAUAGGAAUAAGUACAACUCUUCUCUAUCGAAUCAAUCGCAUUGGCGCGAUUUGUACGAGCUGGCGAUGACGAACCAUUAUAGUCCCGAGUUGCGGGCUAAAGUGAUGAAAUAUAGCAGUAAACUCGGUAGUACGCCGAACAUGGCUUCGGCGAUAACUGCGCACUUGUGCACGACCGUGCCGCACGCUGGGGGUAAAAUACUCAUAGCUACGAAAGAUCUUAAAGAAAAUACCCCAGUUAUCGAGUUGAGAGGGAAAUACAUGUUGUCAAAUCAGCAUAGACCACAAAUACAAAAUUCGGCUCGCGCUGGUAGUCAAAAACCCGGACCCUUCGUAUUUUUCUACAGAUUACCAAAAGAUAAUACGCAAAUAUGUAUCGACACGCGAACGUAUGGAAACGAAGCGAGAUUUGUUCGGCGCUCAUGUAAACCAAAUGCCGAAUUACAACAUUGUAUUGUUAAGGGUACUUUGCACGUCUAUUUAGUAACUACUAAUGAUAUUCCUUCUAACACAGAGAUUACAGUUGGACACGAUACGAACGGCGGCAAGCAACCGUGCGCAUGUGGUAAUCCUAAACAUUGCAAGGCAAACGGCUUAACUCCAAUUAUGCCUCGAAAGAGCUUAGAGUAUCCGCAAAGGGAAAAACGGAGUAGAAACAGAUGUUUUAGCUCAUCUUCUCCAGUAUCGCCACCUUUAGCGUCACUUAUAACAACACCUGUCAAAGACAUAUCGUCGCCCUUUAUAUCUAUCAAACAAGAAAAGAAAUCGCCUAUCAAGCACGAGUACCCGCCAACGUCGCCCGUCAAGGAGCCGUUACUUUCCUUAGAUUUUAAUGCACCUACUAAAGCCGUGGAGUUAAAGGAAGAAAAAGAAGAAAUGGAUCUCACAGCAAAAGAAGAAAUGAAACCAGAUUUAGAUGAACUGGACUUUGUUAAAAUAGAGCCCCCUAUGGAAAAUUUUGUAGACAAGAUAGAGCCGAAAGUAAAGCUUGAGAUAGAGGCCGAGCCGGAGAAAGAGCCCGAACCCGAAUCUGAGCCCGAACCGGAGCCAGAACCAGAACCGGAACCGGAACCAGAACCAGAACCGGAAACGGAACCGGAACAAGUAACUCCGAUUGAAAUGCCGGUAAAACAUGAAAUGAAUGAAAUUAACGUAAAACUGGAACCUCAAAUUAAGGAAGAAGUACUACCGCCUCCGGCGAUCUCCGACGAAAUAGAGAAAAAGUGUGAUGAGGACAUUCAAAAUAAAAUCGAAGAGAAGGUAAUUGAGCCUAAGGUAGAACAAGAGAGGCCAGUCACUCGCGAGCUGACGGCUCGGUCUGCCUGCCACGACAGGUCUUCGAGAUCCAGUCGGACGACGUGCGUCAACCAGGACUCGCUAGAUGACAAAACUGACGACUCUCAGGACAAGCUACCGACGACAGCUAGUAAAGAAAAAGAAAAACGUAAAAUGACCCGGGAGGAAAGAAAAAUGGAAGCGAUAAUGAAAGCAUUUGAAAGGAUGGAGAAAGCACAACAAAGAAAACAAGAAGUCAAAGAGAGACAGAAGCGUAGAGAGUCUGACCCGCAUCCCAGUAACAACGAGAAGGACGACGAAGAUGACAUUCAAUACAGUGCUAAAAAGCGGAAAAAGCGUAAAGGACGUGCUCGGACGGCGUCUCAGUCAAACAGACGACGAUUAAACUCAGCUGACAGUGACCUUGUGACGUCAGGCGACGAAGCCACGCCCUUGUCACCGCGAGCACCUUCGCAACCAGAACAAUCUUUAACUACGGCAGAUAAUGAAAGGCAUCAUGAAACCGUCAGUGAGGAUCUUGGGUUGAGUUCAGCAUGUUUGCUUGUUGAAGCUGCAGUGGGUUCUGUUGAAUCGGCAUUCAAAUUACCCAAGACCAAGAAGACGAUGGCUACCGAAUGGAUAGGAAGGUCGCCUGAACGUACCCCGUCGCCUUACACCUCGCCCUAUAGACCGCCAUUAAUGUCCGCUCCGUCAUUAGAAAGCCUCGUUAGAGUGGCUUCGACUAUGAUUGGUGACCUGAGUGGAAACCAGGAUUACCACGAAGAUCGUUCUUCACCUCCAAGGACGCCUGGGAGAGAGAGAAAUAGACCACCAAAGAAGGCUAAGAGGAUAACUAGAAGUACUCCGCCCGUAGAAGUAGCUGAGGUGAUCCCAGUCCAACACAGUGCAAAGAAACGUUGGCUGCGGCAAGCCAUCAGUGAAGAAAGUGAUACCCCUUCGGCUGAUGCAUUUGUUUCAGAGUCGCUGCCAAACGAAAUUUUGACACCUUUGAAGAAAAGACGAAUGGCGCGUGAGUCGUUAUCGUGUGAACAAAAUUCCAUUGUGCCUUGUAACGACGAGACUUCACCGGUAUUGACGUCCGAGGACUCCCCUGUGAAAGAGGACGCUCUGUCGCUAGCUCGACAGUACAAGCGAAAUAUUAUGGAAAUGUACAGUAGGGAUCGAACUCGAUCCGAUAGCGGGCAGGGCUCGGACGACCAGUGUAACAUUGACCACGACGUUCUCAACGUUAAUAUUAAAGGACCUCACGAUAGCGAGCACAUACGAAGGAUCAUCGGCGUACCCACUCCCGAGGAGGAGAUACCGCCGGAGAUAACAAAACCCGAGGACGUCGCCGUAAAUAACAAUAACUUAGAGCUAGAGCAAAAUAUGUAUAAUAAAGUAGUUCCCAUGGAAAUAGAUACGACGGUCAUAAUGCAAUCAAAACUAGAAUUGAACGAGAACAUACAGGAGAUCAAGGGGACGGAGAGUCCAAACGACAAGGUGCACAGCUCACAGUCGGCUGACACGAGCGGGAACUCCUCGCCGCAGCGAGACGACAUGGAUGACAUCCAGAAGAAGAUCCACUCCUUCCACACGGAGAACAUCCAAAUACUGAAGAGCCGCAACAAGAAACCGCCCAAGGAGAAGCGGAAGAAGGUCAACCUAAACUUCGACCUCAACAUGGUGGACGACCAGAUCAGCAUCCAGCUGCGAACCGAGGACGACGCCUCGCCCGAUCUCGGCGGGGAGCCCGACGACGUGGCGCCCGAGAACAUCCCGCUGCCGCCCGUCGAGAGCAUCCCGCUGCCGGCGCCCGAGAGCAUCCCGCUGCCCGCCGAGCCCGCGCCCCGCGCGCCCUCGCCCGCCACCAUCCCGCUGCCCGAGGAGCCCAUGCGCCCGGCCUGCGCCCCGCCGGCCCCCCUCGCGCCCCCGGCCCCGGCGGUGUCGCUCGCUCCCGUGUCGCCGCUGGCGCCGGCCGCUCUGCUCGCCCCCGUGGCGCCGCUAGUGUCCCUCGCUCCCCUCGCGCCCGUGGCUCCGCCGGCGGUUCUAGCGGAGCGUGAGCCGGCGGAGGCGGUCUUCUCGGCGCGAUUCGGCUCGUCGGGGCUGUUCUCGGGCGCAGAGGAGCUGCGCAGCGUGCGCGAGAUACUGUCGCGCGUGGAGGCGCACGGCGCGGGGGUGGGCGGCGUGGUAGCGGGGGCGGGCGCGUUGUCGGCUGGCCCGCUCCGCGCCACGCCCACUUUGUCUGCCACGCCAACUUUGUCUGCCACGCCCACUCUGUCUGCCACGCAAACUCUGUCUGCCACGCCCACCUUGUCCGCCACGCCCACACGCCGCGCGCCUGCGGACCCGCGCUUGCAACCCCCGCCACGCGACAAGCCAAAACCUGUACGCAGAAAGCUGUCCAUCAGCGAGUACCGGCUGCGGCAGGCGGGCGCGGGCGCGGAGGACGGCGCGGACGCGGGCGCGGGGGACGCGGCGCGCGCCGCCGCCUCGCUGUCGCCGCCCGCGCGCGCUCGCGAUCAAAAAUGCCCCAUAAAUUCUACGUGUUUCAACUAUGAGAUAAUCAGGACAAUAUGGUUGAUAUUAUUUUGCGUGUUCGACGCGCAGCCCACCGCGUCGGAGCGGCAGCGCGAGAACCUCAGCUCGCGCCUGCGCCGCGAGUUCGGCCUCGCGCUGCCCGACGACGACGACGCGCAGGCGGCCCCCGACAUGGGCGCCAAGCGCUGCGAUAGGUAGAGGCGCGCCCGCGUGUAGUACUAAUGACAAAAGUGACGAGGGCGACUGUUGUGAAACACUGACUUUGUGACCCGUCGCGUCUCGUUUAUUGUAUAUAUUUCAGUCUUCUUCCUUAUUUCCCAAGGUUUCUCUGCGAGUACAAAUUGUUUUUAUUUCCUACUGUAAAUAUUGUAUAUAGACAAAGUAAUAUCGAGGCGAUUCACGCGUAACGUAUGUAUAAUGAUAAAUGAAAGAAAAGAUUUUUUAUAUAUGUACAAUCUUUAUGUAUCUUAUUGAUAUUUUAUUUAUUACGGAGAGCAGAUUAGUAGCAGACGUCGGAUAAGAAUUUUGUACGCAUUAUAAUAUUGUAAGUAAAUUAUAGUUGUUUUUAUUGUU